AUGCGGUAUACCUUGACCUCCUUUGUAUCCAUUGCACUGGCCGGUAGCUCUGCCCAGGGGAGCCACCGCCCGCUCGCACUUUACCGUCGAGACCCGUCGCCACACGACCGGAUCAACUGCAGACCGCAGUUGCGUCACGCACUAGUGACAGCUCAGGACGUUCAUAUGCACGAACUAACGACAGCGCGUCGACAACUGGAGGCGCUGUCGACGCGAGUCCACGCUGAAGUACAGGAGCUCGUUGCAAGGCGCGAAGACGCCCAAAGACAGCUUUACGACCGCCAGUACGAACGCAAUUGCGAGUGCGAAAGUGCACAAAGUUCCCUUACUACUGCCACAUCAACAGCAGUGCCCGUCCACGCCAUCGAGUCGGACGCAAGUGGGACAUUGGUCCCGGACAACGCGUCGUGGGCGCUCGAGUCAGUCGAGUCGCGAAUGCGUUCAGACAGUCCAUUGGCCCACGCAGCUGCAGACCAGCAGCAGACGGGGUCGUUUUUCGCCAGUACACUGUUCGCACUGGCCGUGUUCUUUAUGGCAGUCCCCAUCGCGUGUCUUCUUGGCUUUGUCUUGCUGUACCGCCGCCGCCGCCGCCAGCGGACAGUGCAUACCCACGCCUAA